AUAUUUCUUUACAUGCGACAAUAAUAAAUGAAAUUGCGAACAAUGACAAAUUUUUCCGCUGUACGUGUGAAGAUGUCGGCGUCACAGCGAAAACUGUUUCAAAGCAAAGUGCACGAAACCGGCAAAUGACAGUUUCCCUGACUGUUGCAUAAUUAUUGACCGCGACUAUAAGUGAGCAAUUAAAAUAAUUUAGCCAGUGGUGCCGACGGGAACGUUGACACAGAGAGAAUUAUUAAAUAUGCCACCACCAUUUACGUGGUGCACGCGAGCAGAAAGCGCGAGUGAGGAUGAAAGACCUUCACGGUCUUAUCUGCGUAUACUUUAUUGUCGCGACAGUUUUCGUCCAUACACGCGCGAGAUGCAGUUCUUCGACAGGCGCAACUACAGAAUCAAUAAAGUCCUUCUGUCGUGCAUCGGCCAGUGGCCCUAUCAAACGAACAGAAGUAGCAGCGUUAUUAUCGUCAUUAUAGUGUCUUUAGCUGGCACGCAAUUUAUUGCCAAGGUAUGCGGUUUAUUCUCCAUUGAAGAUAUCGAUCUAUUCAUCGAUUCUCUUUCACCGUUAGUAGUUGAUAUAGGAUGCGGAGUAAAAUUAAUCACUUGCAUAGCAAAGACAGCGAAGAUCAGAGCACUUUACGAACAAAUACAGAGUGAUUGGCAGUUGCUAACGACGUCCCCGUAUAUUAAGAUUCUCAACAGUUAUGCGCAAAAUGGUCGAACAUUUACAAUUAUAUAUGCAAGCGCUUUGUAUUCGGCGUUGGUAUUGUUUAUGUUAAUACCGUUACAACCGCUGUUGCUUGACUCGUUUUUAAACGAAACAAGUCGUCCUUUGCUUCAUCAAGUUGAAUAUUACAUCGACAUGGACAAAUAUUACUUUCCGAUCUUGAUACACGGAUAUGUCACAGCCGUUAUAUGCGUAAGCAUAGCGAUCGCGGCUGAUACGACGUAUGUAAUCAUGGUGCAACAUGUUUGCGGAUUAUUUGCAAUUAUUGGACAACAGGUGGAAAAUAUAACAAAAGAGGACAGUUUAAACAUAAAUCUUAAUCCAUCUGUGGAAGAUGAUACAUCGUAUCAAAACAUUGUGGAAAGUAUUCAUGCGCAUAAAAGGGCUUUAAGGUUCGCGCCGUUUGCCAGUCUCAUCGAAGCUGCGUUCAGCCAGAUGUUUCUCGUACUAGCAGGUUGCAACAUGCUCAUCCUGAGUAUGACUGGCGUUACGGCUGUGGCAAAUACGGACAAACCGGAGGAAGUUGUGCGACAAAUAACAUUCUCUUGCGCAUUGUUGAUGCACUUAUUUUUCGAGAGCUUUCAAGCACAGCGGCUGAUCGAUCAUAGCACGCAUGUUCACAGCAGUUUAAUGAAUACGGCGUGGUAUCAGACAUCAUUUCGAACGAGAAAAAUCUUGAUCUUUAUGAUAAUGAAAACGCGAGAACCUUGCGUAUUAACGGCGGGAAAAAUGUUUGUUAUAUCGAUGGAUACCUUUUCCACGGUACGUACACAGAAAAAAUAAGGUUUCUACCUGUGUACAUACAUCGCACUCUAAAAAAUG